GUACUCGGUGACGCCGAACACGAUCGGAGAGCUGCAGAGAUCAACUCGUGAAAAGUUUCGUCAGAUGUUUUUCUUGUACCAUAUCCCAGUGAUUAUUUGCGCUCUUGUCUGGGCGGGGGAGUUACUGGUCUACAAAUACCGCUGCCAUCAAGCUGGGAGGACUCGAAGAUCGUAGAGAAUAUAAGUAUCAUACGAUAACACGCACUUUGGGGUCGAAUUCAUUUGCUGUUUCGUGAGUGAUGCUUGUUUUCGCCCGUUUCGUUCUAUCCAAGUCCGACAGUGUUUGAUCGGUGUUUGAACAGAAUGACACCUGAUUUUACAUGGAGAUAGGAGUAACGGUCAAAACAACGCGCCUGUUUGCGCUUGGCUUACUAAACCAUCGUUUUCUUCCAUCGCUCCUUGCACACUAGAUUUUACAAUGUAUACAACAACAUGGCACGCUAUGAUAAGUAGGCACACAGUUGACUAAUGAGAGUUUGUUUUAUACAAGAAACAGGAAAACGAGACCAGCUUGGUGAAAAGUCAAUACUCGGUGGCACUCGCGUUGAGAUUACAAUAAUUUUUACUACAUCCAAGGAAUGAAAGGAAGUUCGCUUCGUUUAAAAGGCGGUAGUAUUUUUCCCGUGACUCGUUCGCUUCGAUAAUAAAGUGAAACACUUCUCCGUACAUCUCAGAAAACGUAAACUUUGAACCACCCUAUGAUCGUGUACCUGCAACGGUCAAACACCUUGAGUCGUGCUUCGGAACGGUGUCAAUUUAGGUGUUUGCUCGCCUUCCCGUGACCCUGAUUACCAAGUUAAUUGAUCAAAUACGAAUCCCGUAAUUCACCGCCAAGUCAAACCUGUCGAAUGUUAUUUAUCUUGCAACAGAACCCGCAAGCUCGUGAUUUGUAACUAAUCUUAUAGCACCGGUUUUCGUCAAAGUAAGCCGACAGUCAACUCAUGCAGCCGAAUCGUAAGUAGUGCAACGUCCUUAAUCGCGGCUGAAUAAAAAAGAGCAAUAAAUUUAAAUGAAAUGAAGACGUUUGUCAGUAAGAAGAAAAAACUGAUCCUCGUCAUUAUUAUUCUGAAUAUUAUGUCGGAGAUUGAGGCGUCUCUGUCAGCCGAGGACAGCGGGGACAUAAGAUUGGAAAAGCUGUUGACCGAAUUUAUGACCGACUUGAAAAAGUUUACCUUGGAUCGAAUUGCUAGCGAUCACGUGACGGUUUUGGGGAAAAACAGUAUCUGUCUACAAGCAACGAAAGUUGUUCUGGAAGAUUACAUACCGUGUUUUAUCGGUACCAACCCAGAGGCCGUCAUCCCUUAUUCUUAUUCCGGUACAGACAGCGUCAUAUUAUUCUUCGUCGACGGGUUAAGCGAUACGGCGUUGAAAUCGUCCAUUGGUCAGAUAUCGGCAGUCCUGUCCCGCAGGGUGCUGUUGAUAUCGGUCUAUAACACAACGUAUGAAACGGUAUACAACGCGGUGUUGAAUGCCGAACGAAGCAAGCUGUGGAACAUGCUCUUCGUACGCUUGGAUAACGCCGGAGAGAUGAAAAUUUAUAAAAAUGUCGUAGGACCGAACUGCUCACCUCAGGUUGUACCGCUGAAUGCAUGGACGCGAGGAAUUGGUUUCUUGAAAAACAGCUCGGUUUUCGAAGAAGAAAACGUAAUCAUAAACGGACUCGGUUGUCCCAUGUUCGUUAGUACAAUGAAUCUGAUGCCGACGAUGAAAUUGCGUCGUGGUGUGAACGACACUUCGCGUAUAGUGGGUGGAAUCGAAGGGCACUUGAUCCGCAGCAUUGCCGAGCAGAUGAAUUUCACACCAAUCGUUAAGAAGCCGUCAGCCCCCGAGAAAUUCUUGGUACUUCCCAACGGGACGUUUAUCGGCGUUAUUGCGGAUGUCGCCGAAGAGAAGGUGCAUCUUGGAAUCGGACAGAUACGGCCUACCUUGCGGAGGGCGAUGCUCGUCGAUUUCACGGUGCCCUACAACCACGAAUGCAUCGUAUGGACCGUUCCAGCGAGGGCGAACUACGACCCCAACAUUCUAAGACCGGUGUUUUCUCCCGCCGUUUCGAUCCUGGCUAUUCUUUCGGUUCUACUUUCAGGAGGCCUGAGUUACGUUACCUGGAAAUUGAAAGCAGAAAACUGCCGCAGUCCUGAGUUCGACCUCUUCGACGUGAUCUCGGUGUCCCUGACCCACGCUAUACCCCGUCCCCCGGCCAGUCUGCUUGGUAAAUUGUUCUUCCUGUUGUACCUGAACUAUUCCCGAGUGUUGUCAACGGCGUACUCGGCAUCCCUGGCCUCCAUCCUGGCGACGAGGACACCGAUGCCGACGAUCGUCGACGAGAAGGGGAUCCUCGACGCGGGUCUUCGCACCUCGGGGACGGCGACAAGUCGCGAUAUGUUGGCGGAUCAAAUUACCCCGGAAAGCGACAGGGCCGAGCUGCUGAAUCGAUACGAAGUUAUCACGAGGGCUAGCGAAGCUUUGGCCCGGAUAUCAAGAGGCGAGGACCUCGCGUACCUCCGACACUUGUCCACCAUCAAUUACAUCACGGCGAGGUACGUAAGGGCUGGUAAAUUCCCGACGUUUCACCCUCUGCGGGACCAGUGCGUCAUCUCGUACAAUUCGGUGAUCGUCACGCCGAAGGGAUCCUUCCUCACCGACGAGAUGAACAAGAUCAUAAGGCGGAUAACCCAGUCGGGGAUCUACGAGUACUGGACGAACAUCGACAACACGGUUGACAAAAUCGUUAAAAGUCCCUAUUCUCACAGUAGUUACACCUUGACUCAACUGCAGUCGAUAUUCGUACUCUAUUUGUUUUGUCUCGUUCCCGCUUUCCUUGCUUUUAUCACCGAGCUGAUAAUCUCCGAGAUAAAUAUUAACAAAUGCCGCAGCUUAACAGCUUCUGCGGUACGAGGACGUAAGGAUAGAUAAAUUCAAUAAAAACAACGUCAGACGAGAGCUGAGGUAUUGUUGAAAAUUACGGUAACGUUGUCUAUUCUUCAUAACUAUGGCGACAUUAUAUGUAUUGUUACAAAUCGUACGUAACUUACCGUAAAUAUUUUUGCCGAUAUCACGUGAAUGAUUUGGCACGGAAAGCUUGUUUUCCCACCUUUCUAUGGGGUGGUAAAUUAUAAUGCGAUCGCAAUUUUUGAAGAAUCAUUGAUUCGUACCUUGCAACAGUUGCACAACUUGUAUUGUUGAGCGACAAAUGACAUGGGCGAGCGCACGAGCCGAUUUCAGCGAAAGUUUCGAACACGAAUUAGUUGAGCGUAACAGUCACCGUAGUUUCACAAGCCGUUUGUUAAAAAUAAAGAAAAUACGAUAAGAAUGAAAAAACAGUUUGGGUGGGGGAAGAAAUACCUCUCAAGCGUUGAACCACGUAUUUCAUUCGGUGUGUUACAGAAUUGAGUGAAAAUCUAUUGCACAUAAUUCACCUCGUAACUAAAAGAUUUGAGUAAUGCAAACCUUAUACGUAUAGUUUUAGGCAUCUGCUUACAGCUGCAUUAAUAAUCGUUGAGAUUCAAAAUAUUCUGAUGAAUUUUCUGU